CAAUGAUCAUUUCCGUGUCCCUCGUAAAUUAUUUCAUUAUAAAUGUUGUAACAAUUAAUUGUCACAUCAAUGAGACUCGAAACAUUGAAACAGUCACCAACAAACAAACAUCGAAGUUGAGAAAGAAACAAACAAAUAUUAUAUGUCAUCAUGUUCCCAGUUAAUUGUUAUCCAUUGAUUAUCAUUGUUGUCAUAUUUAAUUGUAUUGUUACAAUUGAAAGUCGUGCUUUCGAUCCAGAUCGAAGUUGUCAUCAACGUGGAUGCCAGGAAACCUCUCUCAAUGAGUGUUCUCGACGAGGCCAUUCGUGGGCAUCGUUCACCGCUCAAGGUGUUCAAACGUGUCUCUGUUGUUUUGAUGAGAAAGAUGCUCUUCAAGCCGCAGGUGUUAAUGAAGAUAAUGAGGUUGGACACUUUUUCGGUAACGUUUUAAGAGUCUGUGAGUCUCUUCAUGUGGACGAAGGACAUUGUCGAUCUCGAGAAUCUCGGGAUUGUAAUUUCAUUCCCGCUUUCAAAGGAACCAAUUACUUGGGCUGUUUCUAUUGUCGACCUCGAUGUGAUCAUGAAUCUGAUUGUCAAGAUCUUGGUCGAACUUGUGAUCUAAGUAAAAAUGGUCAACCAGUUCGUUCUUGUACUGGUACUGGUUCGGGUUAUAUUCCUGGUUUUGAUGAUCCAAGGGAAUACGAGACAGCAAUUAAGAAAAACUAUUUGAUUCAUUUGAAAAAUAAUCGCACAAAACCAGCUGAUUCACCAUCAACUCCACCACAUUCAACAACCUCCACCACCACCACAACCACAACAACAACAACAAUGUUACCAAUCACAUCAUUAAGACCUUUAUUAUCAAGUCAAUCAACAAAAAAUCAUCAUCAACCUCAAUCUAAGCCAACAUGUUAUCCAGGUAAGUCAGGAUCUACAGCAUCAUCUUUGUGUUCAUCAUCAUCACCUAGUCAAACACAACAAUCAAGUUUUGAUGAAAUCAAAACAUCAUCAGCUGAUUCAAGUUCAUUCAAAAAACCCUAUUCAAGUAUCAAAAAGAGGCCACAAUCCCAACAACCACAACCACAACAACACCAAGAAACAACACCAAGUAAAGUUAAUAACGAUGUGAAAUUUAAUCAACCUUUAAAAACAAAACCAUCUUAUAAACCAUAUCCAACAUUUCAACCAACAAAAACCCCUUCCUGGUCAUCAAUAACCCAACAACAACAACAACAACAACAGGUACAACCACAACAACCACAAGUUGAUCAAGAACCAUCAGAAUCUUCAUCGCUAACAGAUCACGACUCUGGUGCUGUUAAUGGUGAAUCAAUGAGUGUCAAUGAUGAUGAUGCUGCUAGUUGGGGUUCACCUUCAUCUCACACCUCAAAUUCAGAUGAGGAAUUUGAAUUGGGUCGAUCACCUCAUCCUCAUGGUAAACCCAACAUGGUACAUCCUGUUUCCGGUUCCCCUCCUUCACACAGAACCACAACAACCACAAUUAGUCCGAUAUUUAAACCAACUGAUUUAAAUGAGACUCUUUUUGUGGUUAAAAAUAAUCAUAGACAAAUUCAUGGUUAAUCAGAAAUCAACAAUUAACUAACUAAUAAUAACACAAAUCAAUCAAUCUAUUUAUUAUGAAAACAAUUAGUCAAUUAAUGUAAUAAAACAAAAUAUUUAAUAUUUAAUAAUAAACAAACUUAAACAAUCAA